CCGGAGGCACUAAAAAACUAUUGAGCUUGCUUCGCCGGUGACAAUGAUUUUGACGUGUAAUGCAGUAGCACAAGAGGCCCCGCCCACCGUCCCAUGUGAGACUUGCCGACCUGAUCCAGCACCGCUCUCGUCACUUCCUAUGAUGCUGACUCCAACCCUCGGUACCUUAACAGAGACUGGUCACGUAUGUAGAUCUGAGAGCUUUAGCUACUAGCACAAGAGACAUCUCGUCCGAGCUUACUUGCAUGAGAACAAACAUAAACAAGAAGAUAUGUAUCAUCUCCUCUACAAUAGCUUCGCCUUUUCUUUUGCAACAUCCAAACUGCCAACUUCCUCCGCCAAGGCACCAUGUCUCUCUCUCUCCAUCUUUUCCUCGAACAUUGAGGUCAUUACAUGCUAUGCUAAAGGGUAAGUCAACAUUGACAUGACGUGAGCUUUUCCUCAGGUGUGAUCUGAUCCAAACGAAUUGCUUCUGUCGGUGCAUUGCCUAUUCUCUCACGUCUCUGCGAGCUCCUCUUUUCCACCCUAUCAGACGCUGUGAUCCAACAACACUGCUUUAAGAAUCGAUGAUGCACGGCCGAGAUGUGGGCAGAUGACGAUCAGACGGGUUUGUCUAUCUCCUCACACGUCUUCUCCUCCGAGAAAUUGGUCGCGAUGCCUCCCUCUCUUCCACCACUCCAAUCCACCUCUUCUCUCCUUCUUCUUCUUGUUGUGUUGGUGUUAGCGUCUGAUUCCUCGCCGGGUGUCCUUUCUGCUACGUUCACGGUGACGAACAACUGCGCCUACACGGUGUGGCCGGGCGUCCUCGCCAGCGCUGGUUCGGCCCCGCUCGCCACCACAGGCUUCGCCCUCGCCCCUUCAGAGUCCCGCACACUCGACGCCCCCGUCCCAUGGUCCGGCCGCCUCUGGGCCCGCACUAUCUGUGCCGCUGACCCUGCUUCCGGCCGCUUCUCCUGCGCCACCGGCGACUGCGGCUCCGGCUCAUUGGAGUGCUCCGGGGGCGGCGCGGCCCCUCCCGCCACCCUCGCCGAGUUCACCCUGGGCGGCAGCGGCGGGACCGACUUCUACGACGUCAGCCUCGUGGACGGAUCCAACGUGCCCAUGCUGGUAGUCCCGCAGAGUGGGUCUCCCGGGGGUAGCUGUGGGCCCACGGGGUGUCUGGUGGAUCUCAACGGGUUGUGCCCCCCGGAGCUGCGGGUGGCGCAGCCCGGCGGGGAAACGGCUGCGUGCCGGAGCGCGUGCGAGGCGUUCCGGACCGCGAGGUACUGCUGCAGCGGCGAGUUCGGCAGCCCCGGCACGUGCGGCCCGACGGCGUACUCACAGUUCUUCAAGAACGCGUGCCCCAGGGCGUACAGCUACGCUUACGACGACGCGACCUCCACGUUCACCUGCCCCACCGCCGCCACCGCCGGCUACACAGUCACCUUGUGCCCCAGCACCACCAGUCUCAAGUCCAUGGGCUACGGGAAUCAGAUGGCAGGAGGCCUGCCGCUGAUCAACAACACGAUGCCGCCGCUGUUAAGCUCGCCGAAUCGCGCCGCGCGGCGGUGGCCGACCAUGUCGCCAGCGAGCCGAGGCCUCCUCUGCCUUGCAGUCGCAGUGGCACUGCAGCUGCAGCUGCUCCACCUGCCUUGAACCUCUCGCCACAGCACAUGCAGGUACCCGUUCUGCGUGCGAUCAUGCACGUGAACGCCAUGCUGCGCCAUUGCAUCGCCAGCAUCCAUGCAGGCGUCUGCUCCCUAUUCACGAGGUGUACGGCACAUUCGCAAGCCGACAUCUUUGCACUGUUAAGUCUGGAGCCGAUGCGCAUCCGCAGGUUCUUUAUUGAGAUAUCGAUGUACAGUUCAUUAAAACCUAUUUCUUGCCGCAAGCAUGUUGUGGCUCUCCAAGACUGUAUCUCGAAUGGCCCAAACCCCGUUGAGGUUGACUGAAUCAGACUUGGUGGAAUCCGUAUGUGUAGAAAUAUAUGCAUCAAGUCCGAAGAAGACCAUAUCAUAUCACAACAGAUCGGGGAAUUCAAAUAUCAUGUGAUCUGAUCGAUAUGUAUCGCAGUUGUUGGUACAUCAGGAAUUCCUCCGUUUUCGGUGGACGGUUGAUGUCGGAUUGGCAGAUGCAUCUCGAAGGAAACGCCGGCUGUCGCUGAUCGUUCUCUUUUACUUUUUUUAUAUUUGAUGGAAUGUUUGACUUUCUAAAACAGUCAAUAAAGAUCUUGCUCUCUGAUCAUAUAUAUAUAUAUAUAUAUAUAUAUAUAUAUGGAGAAGCAUAUUGAUUUGUAAGUAGGCAAGUAGAUUAUUUAUAUAUUACCUAUGUAGUUAGACUUCUUUAACAUUUUAGUUCAUCGAUAUAAAAAGUUACAUUAGAAUUCUUA